AUGAAGUCUCUGGCGUUCAUCAUGGCCCUUGUCGCCCUGCUAAGCCUGAUGAUGCUGGCUUCCACCACCCCUCUUCACGCUAACCCCCGUGAUGCCCCUGCCACUCUCGUCUCUGAUACUCUCGUUCCUGUCGAAAGCAACCAUCUUCCCCUACCCGUCAACAAGAAGCAGCCUUCCGCACCCAACGCCCGACGCGAUGACCCUGAUCCUCCCGCUCCUUCCGACACUCCCGGACCAGGUCAGAAUGUAGUUGACUACAACUUACGAAACCCCAAUUUCCGCAUCCCUCCCUUUCAAGGUUGGCAACAUCUCAUGAACGCCGGCCGCGCCGGUGGUUACCGUCCUAAUCAAAUCCCCGAUUUCAGCAGGGCCAACUCGGAAUUCUUCGAUUACGUCACACAACAUUGGCCAAGGUGGCAGGCCGGGCAACGGUUCCCCUGUGAGGUCCAAACUGAGAUUUGGGGCAACGUGUUUGACUGGGCUGGGUGGCCAGAUGAGCCACUCUGGGACAGCACUCGCAUCUUCAUGUACCCUCUUACCAUUCAAGGCCAUUUUGACGGCGGUAACUCUGCGCCCGCAGGCAGCGCCGAGCCAGCCAUUGCGCCAGGCGAUUAUCGCGUCAUCUUCACCGAUGCUGGAGUCUACCUUGGCGUUGUGAGGUACCGGCCUGGCAUGCCAAACUCAUACAGCGUUAUGCUUCGGACAACGCCCAGGAAUGCUCUUCGCGCGAGCUGGUUGGCACCUGUGGACCUCCAUCAUCAGCCUAUUGCCGCACAGGAUGAAGAGGGCCGGUGGAACUAUCCCGGUGUUCCUAUCUGGGUUUCCCAGAGACCCGAGAACUUCCUGCCACCCCUCAAUAUGGCACUUGCAUCUGUGCUCUUGGCUCGAUGGGACUGGGUGGCACACCACGGCAGCAGGCCACCUCCCAGGCCCCGACAAGACAUGGCUGAUCCAACUCUGGCAUUACCGCAACCGCAACUGGAUAAUGACACCUUGCACAUGCCUGACUUGAAUGAGAACGACCUCGAAGUUGACGAUCAAGGGUUUUCCCACUUUGAUUGGGACCCGGCCAGUGAUGACGCCCCGGACGCCCCGGCUGAAGAGCUAGCACUGAUGAACUGCCGCAAUGCUUUCGUCGUCGUUAACCGGACAUAUCAGGUGUCAUGCGAGUCAAACCAGAACCCUGACACUGGUUACCUCGACUAUCACAUUGCAGUCACAGGCACCGGCGGCGCAGGCUAUCAUGCAAACGGCUGGUGUAAACAAAUCAUCAGCGGCAUCUACCGUUACUGCGGAUGGUGGUUCAACCUCAAAGGGAAGGUCGCUUGCAGUACCGGCAAUGCCACACUUGCGACCUUCUUCAUGGAUUCGUCAAUCCGAGGAGAUUUUAUAAACCAUGUCUCAGGCACUGAGAUGUACUUCAGUCUCCGCAAGCCUUGGGAUCAAGGGGACAAUCUUCAUGAAUGUGUCGCCAAGGGGAUCCAGAGAGGCAGUUGUGCUAGCCAAGGUAUCAUGCCAACCUACCCAGUUGUCUGCAGGCGCCAGGACUGGGUUGACCUGGAGUUGUCGGAGUGGGACUGGGCUGCUUUGGGAAGCGCCUAG